AUGUUAGGACGCGGGGACCACCAGCAUAGCGGCGGGGCGACGCUGCAGCGCAGCACAUUCUCGCUGCAAACCCGAACAGCGUCCGGCGGCGGCGACCCACUUCGCCCGCUGUGGCUCGAUGCUUGGAGCGACCCUGUGGCCGGCCUCUCGGCGUUCAGCGGCUGCAUGCACACGUGCAACCUGUUUGGCGACGGGGACUGGCGGCUGGUGGUGGCGGAUGCCGACAAGAAGCUCAAGGUAUGGAAGGGCACCCAAAAGGCAUCUGAGCAUGCGCUGCUGGACGCGCCUGUCGCCCUCACCAGCUUCACGCCAGACGGGCCCCCGCCGCGCGUGCCGGUGCUGGCGGUGGCGUCAGGGUGCCACGUGUUCAUGUUCAAGGGGCUCAAGCCGUUUUACAAAUUCGCGCUGCCCCUGCUGCCCUGCAGUGGCGAGGAGGAGCAGCUGUGGCAGCAGCUGGAUUCAGGCAGCCUCAACCCGACCUCCGCUUGCGCGUCCCUGGCCGCGCUGCGGGACGCCGGCAUGCCGCUCUCGGGCCGCGGAGCAGAGCUGCUCGCGUCGGCGGCGGCGCGCGGGGAGGGCGGCGCCGCGGCCUUUGUGGCGGACUCCAGGGGGCAGCCGCUGGGGCGGCAGAGCAGCAUCACUUGCAUGGAUGCGGUCUGUCAGUCCGUGGACGAGACUGGGGCGCCAAGCUGCCUCGUGCUGGGCACAGAGGACGGGCGCCUCUUGAUACUCAAUUCGGCAGGCACCGCUGUGCAGCACACGUUUGUCCUCGGCUGCGCGCCCUCAUUCCUGGCAUUGUCUGGCACCUUGGAGGCGGGCCUCAAGCUCUCGGCGACCACACGCGACGGGCGGUUGCACACGCUGCGGGUCGGGGAGGCGGGCGUGCAGCCGGUGCAGCUGGAGGCGCAGCCGGUGGGCCUGGUCCGCACCUCCAACGCGGCGCUGGUGGGCGUGAUGAGCGACGUCGUGCACUGCUACGGCGGCAGGGCCGGCUGCACGCGCCAGUACAGCCUGCCGCAGCCCGCGCCCAUCCUGUGCAUGCAGCUGCUGGCCACGCACACCAGCCGGCUGGUCAAGUGCCUCAUCGUGGCGCUGGCAAACGGGGACGUGCGGGUGUACCACGAGCGCGCCCUCGUGUCCACACACACCACCGCGGCGGCCGCCCCUGUGAUGGGCCUGGUCUUUGGCCGCUACGCGCGCGAGGACAACACGCUGGUCACCCUCACACGCGGCGGCGGGCUCGACAUCAAGAUCAUGCCACGCACGGCCAAUCUCGAGGCGACCAGCGCGCACAGCGGGCCCCCGCCGGAGCAGGACGUGCCGCUGCCAGUUCCCACCAAGACGCGCCUCUACGUGGAGCAGACGCAGCGCGAGCGCGAGUCCGCCGUCGACAUGCACCGCCUCUUUCAGCGGGACCUGGUCAAGGCGCGGCUGGCCACGGCCCGCGCCCUCGUCAGGGUGCUCACGGACGGACGGGGCGCCGCGUCCCACGCGGGCGGCGCAAACCUGUCAAUGUCUGCCAGCGUGGAGGGCCUUGGCCCGCGCUUCCGGCUGGUGCUGUCCGUCACGAACGAGGGCGGCACGGCGGUGGGCGGGCUGGCGGUUGUGCUGCGCGCGAGCAAGCAGCAGCUGGUGGUGCCACUGCUAGUGCCUCUGCUGCAGUACGAGCUCAGGGUGGACAUCCGGUGCCUGCAGCCGGCCGGGGGCGCGGGGGAGGUGCGCCUCGUGAUGGUGCCCGCCAAGGGUGGCGCGCCGUUGAUGUCGGCGCUCGUGCGCAUGCCGCUGUCAGAGCCAGACGAUGUGAUGUAA